AGAGGUUUUCACCUUUGUUGCCACUAGGUUCCUCUAGCUCGCUCCGAGGGAAACCUCCUGGAGCUGAUGGAGAGCGUGUGUGAGAGGAUGGAGGACUACGGCGAGCACGCGGAUUCCUCAACGAACAGGAAGUCCUACAUUAGGAUCAAGUCUCGGAGUGGUGAGCCCAUGGACCUCUCAGAAGCCACGCUGGAUUCAAGAGUUACAUCCAGUUUAAAGUUUGCAUGUGAAACAAUCGCUGAGCAGAAUGAAGAUGAAAUCAUUGAAUUCUUCGCUCAUGAGACAGAAAAUGUUAAAGACAAACUCUGCAGCAAGAGGACCGAUCUCUGCGAUCACGCUCUGAAAAUGCCCCAUGACGAACUUUGAUGUCACUUCGCCAUGACUGCCGUCUCUCCUCAGCUGAAAGAGAGACACGGUGCUGUGAUGUUGUCACUGGUUCACACAUUGGCAGUGACAUGGCAUGACAAGUGUGUGUACAAAUCCUUAAAAUCUGUAAAAUAUUAGAACAUCCACAUUAAAACAAAGUGUAUUUCCUGU